AUGGCCGACUCGCUCAACAUGAACGGUCUGUCCCUCAAGGACUCGCAGCACGCUCCGCCACCAGGCCAGGAGCACCAGCAGAACGGCUUCGGCGAGCGCACCGCCUACAUCCCACCGCACAUGCGCACGCGCGGCGGCGGCCCACCGCCAUCAGCUGGCCCAGGUUUCGACGGCGGCCCACCACCACCCCCCGCCGCAGUCGCCAACGGCAUGAACGGCAACGGCUUCCCACCGCCAGGCGGUCGAGGCUACGGCGGCCCACCCCGUGGAGGCGGCAGCUGGGGCGCUGCCCAGACCUUCACCCCUCGUGGCGGCAACAACUGGGACAACUCGCCCCAGCUCCCUCGCGGCUUCGACCGUAACGCGUACGGUGCAGCAUCAGGAGGAGGCGGCAGCGGCCGUUCCCACACUGGCGCAGGAGACGGACAGUGGAGAGAUGGCAAGCACGUCCCAGGACCAGCAAACCAGCGCCUUGAGCGUGAGCUUUUCGGCACGGUCAACGAGUCGACCGGACACGCCACAGGUAUCAACUUCGAGAAAUACGACGACAUCCCCGUCGAGGCUUCCGGCCAAGGCGUGCCAGAGCCCGUCACCACCUUCACGAACCCACCUCUCGACGACCAUCUCAUCACCAACAUCGAGCUGGCCGGCUACAAGGUCCCAACCCCAGUCCAGAAAUACUCCAUCCCCAUCGUCAUGGGUGGCCGUGACUUGAUGGCUUGUGCUCAGACUGGUUCCGGAAAGACUGGUGGUUUCCUCUUUCCCAUCCUGUCUCAGGCAUACCAAAACGGCCCAAGCGGCAACGUCCCACAACAGUCUGGCUUCGCCCGCCAGCGCAAGGCAUACCCAACCUCGCUCAUCCUUGCACCAACUCGUGAGCUCGUCUCUCAGAUCUAUGAUGAGGCCCGCAAGUUCGCCUACCGCUCCUGGGUCCGCCCUUGUGUCGUGUACGGUGGUGCCGACAUUGGCUCGCAGCUGCGCCAGAUUGAGCGUGGAUGCGAUUUGCUUGUGGCUACUCCAGGCCGUCUGGUCGACCUGAUCGAGCGAGGCAGAAUCUCACUUGCUAACAUCAAGUACCUCGUUCUCGAUGAGGCUGACCGCAUGCUUGACAUGGGUUUCGAGCCACAGAUCCGCCGCAUUGUUGAAGGCGAGGACAUGCCACCAACCGACGGCCGCCAGACGCUCAUGUUUUCGGCCACCUUCCCACGCGACAUCCAGAUGCUUGCUCGCGACUUCCUCAGAGAGUAUAUCUUCCUUUCGGUCGGCAGAGUCGGAUCUACGUCGGAGAACAUCACUCAGAAGGUGGAGUACGUCGAGGAUAUCGACAAGCGUAGCGUGCUCCUCGACAUCCUGCACACUCAUGGUGCGGGUUUGACCCUCAUUUUCGUGGAGACUAAGCGCAUGGCCGACUCUUUGUCCGACUACCUCAUCAACCAAGGCUUCCCAGCGACCUCCAUCCACGGUGAUCGCACUCAGCGCGAGCGUGAGCGUGCUCUGGAGAUGUUCCGUACUGGUCGCGCUCCUAUCCUCGUCGCCACAGCCGUCGCUGCUCGAGGACUUGAUAUUCCCAACGUGAAGCACGUUGUCAACUACGACCUCCCAACCGAUAUUGACGACUACGUUCACCGUAUCGGUCGUACUGGACGUGCCGGAAACACCGGUAUCUCGACUGCCUUCUUCAACCGCGGCAACCGUGGCGUCGUUCGCGACCUCAUCGAUCUACUCAAGGAGGCCAACCAGGAAGUUCCAGGCUUCCUCGAGACCAUCGCUCGUGAGGGCUCUGGCUUCGGUGGUGGCGGCCGCGGCGGUGGUCGCUCUGGUGGUGGCCGUGGACGUGGUGCUUCUGCCAUGAAGGAUGUCCGUACCUACGGCGGUGGCCAGCGUCCAGCCUACUCUGGCGGUAUGAUGGGCGGCUCUGGCGGCGGCUUCGGAGGCUCUGGCGGCUACGGAGGCGGUGGCUACGGCAUGGGUGGCGGUGGCGGCUACGGCAUGGGCGGCGGCAGCGGUGGUGGCUACGGCAACCCAAGCGGUCCAUCCGGCGGAAACAGCUGGUGGUAA